CCCACACAACGCUUGUUCGUCACAGAAGACGCUCUUCUGAGGUCACUGAGUCCCGGGGGCGAUACGUUGCCGUCGGUAUAAAAUCUUGUAGCAGCACUGUGGAUGGACGCAGUGCAACUAAAGCAGAAUCAAGACAAAGUACGAGCGACCAGCCGGCACAGCAAACAUGGUGAAGAUCACUUUUCAGCCAGUUUCGGCGCAGAAGCCCGAAAAAGACAACGACGAGGACAAGAUCGUUAUACCUCAGGCCCACGAGCAUCUGACUCUUCCUGUAAGGUCCAAGAGGCCCUUUCCUACUGGACUCUGCUGCCUUGCGUUUGGUCUGGUGGUCUUCAUGUUGGGAUUGAUACUUGCUUCUGUGUAUGUCUAUCGCUACUACUUCAUAUCUCAGAUGCCCGAAGACAGCUUGUUCCACUGUCGAGUUGUGUAUGAGGAUUCAGUCUUUGCUCCUCUCAGGGGUCGGCAGGAGCUUGAAGAAAAUGUUGGCAUUUAUCUUGAAGACAACUAUGAGCAGAUUAGCGUACCUGUGCCUCACUUUGGAGGGAGUGACCCUGCUGAUAUUAUCCAUGACUUUCACAGAGGGCUCACAGCUUAUUAUGACAUUGCCCUGGACAAGUGCUACAUCACAGAGUUGAAUACAACAUUGGUAAUGCCCCCAAGGAGUCUUUGGGAGCUGCUAAUCAAUGUCAAGAGGGGGACAUACCUUCCUCAGACCUAUAUCAUUCAUGAGGAGAUGGUGGUGACAGGGAGGGUGAGGAGCAUGAGGUCACUUGGUCCUUACAUCCACAGGCUUUGCUUUGGCAAAGAGACUUACCGCCUUCGACGCCGUAGUCACCGACGUAUUGAGAGACGUGAGACACAGAAGUGCCACAGCAUUCGUCAUUGCGAAAACACUUUUGUGGUCGAGACUCAAAUCUGUGAUAGGAUGUAAAUGCCUUGCAGAAAUCACGACUAGUCAACACUGAAGCCAAUCUGAAACAAUACCUCUUGAAACCUUAGGCUUUCAACUGCACUUUAAGACCAAGUUUUUGUCCCACAAUAUAUGUUUGUCUAAUGUGUGUUGUUGUGGAACAAAUGCUUAAUUUGUCAUAGUUUUUGGGUUUUUGUUUCAUGGUCAUUUUUAAUGUGUCUAAAUAUACUGUAUCUGUAGCUAGUCUAGUGUGGCAACAAUAGUGUUGACUUUGGAUUAUAUUUUUUCAUGCAGCAGUGCUCUGUUUGUGAGGGCUCUUGCACUCUGUGUCUUAAAUAGUUUCUGUUUUGUUUUUAAAGCAAAAAUGGCAAAGCAUACCUCAUGUAGUUUAGACACUUCUUAAAUGAUUCAUUAUUCAAUGUUGUAUAUAAUAUCUUAAGCAAUAUAAACUGUAAAUUAUUUUACUUAAAUAUUUCCUGCAUAGAUUUGUAUAUAAAUGUUUUCCAUGAAUAGUCAUUUUUUAGUUUGGUAUCACACUUUUCAUAUUUCUUUUUAUUUUAUGGCUUCAUGACUGUAUUUAGAAGCAGUGCUUUAGAGAAGCAGGAGAACCAAAGUCUAUGUUGGGCUACAAUAUGCUUAGAAAUGAAAUGGUAGAGGUUAUAUCACUUACUGUAGAAUCAUGAUAUCGAGGUUCACUGUUCUGUUCUUCCCCGUCUUCACUUUGACUGUGGUCUUCUAAAUAUCCCUCUUGUUUUAGCAUACUUAAUUCAGCACUGUUCAUUAAUACCAAUUGAAAUAAUUGGGUGGUGUGUCUAAUGUAAAAUUGUCUCUGUUGACAGAGACCUCUCAAAUGUGUUCAUAUUUCAUACCUUAUUUUGCUGUAAAUGAGAUUCUUGUAAUAUCUUUCUGCUUUAAAAUAAAUAAUGAACCUUA